AUGACGUUCCUUAGCAAAAUAAUCAAGAACGAAAAAGUCAUUCAAAAGGAUAACAGAAAGAUCAAAAGCAAAAAAACUACAAAAUCAUCAUUAAGAAGAAAUGUUUUAAAAGUUCUUUAUGAAACGAACAAGAAAUCGCAUUGCCGAAAAAAGCCGCUGGCGGCACCGAAGAUCUACUCAAAAGAUGACAUCUUCACGGUCCCUUCGCACGAAAAUGUCAAAGCACGAUCUCGAUCGCAGUCAAUUUCUUACAACUUGCGCUCGAUCUUACACCAUUCCAACCUCACGCCUGAUGAAAAGACUUGUCGACCCGUUAAAAGCAUUAACAUAAAGGUUAAUGUCUUUUGGGGAGAGAAGUAUAAGAAAGAGCUAGUCGACAUAUCCAUUUCACGAAUCUGCUCAUAUAAUUCAUUUAAAAAGAUACUGUCGAAGAGUCUCGGGUACGAGAUGCCAUGUGAUUUUGCCAUAUUAUACCAUACGAAAAGAUUUUACAAGAAUAAUAUGAUGAGAAUUUUAAUAGAUUAUUGGAUAGAAAACAAAGUGUUGUGGUUGGUAGAUAAUGACUUUAAGUUUAGAAAACACAUGCUAUUAUGGAGAGACGAGAUCGAAAUUACUAUUGUUCGAAAAUCCAUCAUUUAUUAA